UUCUGGCAACGCCCAGAAACCGCCGAACAUGUCUUCGAGACCAUUACCCCCUCCGACCUUCGUACUAUGCGCGACAACCCAAAAUCUUUCGUCAACUUUGAAACCCUGAUCCUGACCGUUUCCCUUCGCCUGAUCCACCUGCGCACCGCCGACCACGACCUCUUCGACAAAGAUCCAUCAACUUUCAUUCGCGAGGCCUUGAACUGCGUCAGAAUCCUCACUCGGGUCCUUCCUUUCGUCUACGAGUGCGAUCGCUUGUGCGCUUGGGAACAAGACUUCUUCUGGGCCUCGACAGACAAACUUCCUCCCUCGGAUCUUGCUCCAACAUGCCUUGGGGUCGAGCUUAUUGAUUCGCUUCUGGACAUGGCCUUCUGGUCAGGCUUCACACUCCCCAUCAACAUGCACGGCAACAACGGUCCCACCUAUGGCUUCUGGCAGAGUGGAAUCGCCUACGAGCGCCGCCUGGAAACGAGCAAAGAAUUCGAGAGCAGGAGAACGGAAAUUAUGCAACUUCUUCUGGUCCUUGAAAGCAAAUGCAUUUACAAGCCUGCCAACGCCUUCACCACUUUUGGCUCCGAGGCAAUCGACUUCAUCUCCAACCACCACGACCGUAAAAAGGUUCAAUACCUUUUGUGCUCUCUUCUGAACACCGUCCUAAAGUAUCAACCUGAUGCUCGUUAUCUUUCGCCAUCACCCAGAGAGCUGCACGAAACCCACGUAAGGACGUGUCUGCACUUCCUCCAAGUCAACCUUCUGAACAGGACACCAUGGACCGAAGCUUCGGCCCCGCCCGAUAACAGGUUCCGUGAUCUCUUCUCCCAUCUACAUAAGGCAACACAUCUGCAAUUCCUCGCCGAUGGCAUCCUCAAGAUUCUGCGACAGCCGCUUGAAGCAAACAGCAAUGGAUUGAACAUUGUCCAGAGACCGCUCGUCUGGGCACAUGAGAUCAUACCGCUCCUUUGGGAGUCUCUGUAUUCCAACAAAUACUUCCGUGCCUUCAUUUGCGAAACGGGUCGCCAGUUCGAGCUUACCGUCUUCCUUCUGUUUUACAUCCUGGAUCCUAAUAAGAAUGUAGAAGGAGUCAAACGUGUAAGUCUGCUGUGUGUGCAGACCAUGAGCGAGAAUCCCGAGUAUGCCAUCUCCUUGAAUAAAUCGUUCGAGGGACAUGACAAUCUCCCUUCGUUCAUGCAAAUCAAGAACUUCCACGGAUCUUAUGCAGACUAUCUUUUCACUUGGUUACUUACUCUUCUGAAACCGAAGAAGAAUGGUCACCUGGAUGCUAUGGCUGCCGCACUGGUUGGGAUCAUUGUCAAUGUUUCGCCCUACAUUUCUCACCUCGGUCGGGCAACAAGUCUGAAACUGAUUCAGCUAGUGGAUCUAUACACGCGGAACUCUCUGUCGACUAGCGUCGAGACCAAUGCUAUGGUCUUGACACACAUGGUUCGCGCGGUGAAUUCGAUGUUGGAAGAACACAAACCAGGGACUGGUUCGUUAUACUACACAAACCGGCGAAGCAAUACUGACCAGUCUCUUGUAGAAAAUGAAAAUUUGAUCUGGGCGAUAUGGAAAUACGGCACUACAUUCGAACAUCUAGCAGACCUCAGAAUGGAGGUCGAUCCUGGUUUCAAGCAAAUGGUGGAGCAGAUCCGUGAACAAGGUAUCACAGAGCCUACUUUGUGCCCAGAUGGCACUGUACUGCACCCCUUGAUCGCGGCCAACGACAUUGCCAACAUGGACAAAGACAAGGCACCUCGCCCACGUCUUGGAAGAGGACGCACAUGGCUAGAACUACGUGACAUCUACAACCCAGCAACUUCGCCAGUAGCACCUCCAGUUGACGAUACGCCGCCACUCAAUGCAGAUGAUUUAGCAGAAAAGCAACCGUCGGUGUCUGCUAGAGCGGUCCGAACGUGGCUUCCACAGAUGCCCCUUCUCACGACACUGUCGCUUCUCCUGGCACUACAAGCGUGGACUGCGAAAUUGUUGGAAGAAAGAGGCAUGGAGGGCAGCCAAGAAGCUGUAGAUGGUUUGGGCAUGGACGAAGUGCUACAACCGGUCCGCAACGUUGGGCGUAUCUGUGUCGAGACAACGACUCGGAACAUCCACACAUUCCCCAUGACGGCCCCAUUCUCGGAAGCAUAUGCAGCUUUCUACUGGGGUCUCGUAGUGUCACAAGAUCUGCAACAUGCGUCGACGUCUGGAAGCGGUAUCUGGAGCAGCACCAACGUCAAAUUGUUCAAGAUUCGAGCUGGCGAAGUCGUACCGCCAAGUUUGUUGAGUCCAAAGGGAGCGGUCGAUGCUCUAGGGGAGAGUCUUGUGAGCGGUGUUCAGAAUCUGGCGUUGAAGUUUCGACAACAGCUGAAUGGUGGAUCUGAGGCAUAA